CCCCGUGUUUCCGAUGCGGGACCAGGCUGGAGCUCCCCGUACCCCCGGUGCAGGAUGAACGUCGGCGUGGCUCACAGCGAGGUGAACCCCAACACGCGGGUGAUGAACAGCAGAGGCGUCUGGGUGGCCUACGGGAUUUCAGUGGGCAUCCUUCACGUGGUGCUGCUCAGCAUCCCCUUCUUCAGCGUGCCCGUGGUCUGGACGCUCACCAACAUCAUCCACAACCUGGUCAUGUACAUGCUGCUGCAUGCCGUGAAGGGGACGCCCUUCGAGACCCCAGACCAGGGCAGGGACCGGCUCCUCACGCACUGGGAGCAGAUAGACUACGGAACACAGUGCACUGCAGCACGCAAGUUCCUCAGCAUUUCCCCCGUGGUGCUGUACCUCCUGACCAGCUUCUACACCAAGUACGACCCUCUGCACUUCCUGGUGAACACAGCCUCUCUGCUCAGCGUCCUCCUGCCUAAACUGCCCCAGUUCCACGGUGUCCGUAUCUUCGGCAUCAACAAGUACUGAGCCCCCUGAAGGAACCCUCCAGCUCCACCAGGGUCUGGGUAAGGUUCCUCCAGCCCAGAGCUGCUCCAUGGAUCCCGUUCCUCUGGUUAGAAUUCAACCAAAUCCAUCUCAGAGGCA